AUGGACCACUUUGUUCAAGUUCCCCAGGGCCUGUACCAGGGAACACACUAUGGGAACACACUGCCUUUGGUCCAGCCUGGACUCUCUGACCACCAACAGCCUGACUGGAGACAAAACACUGGUGCCCCCACUUUCCUGGCCAGGACGGGGCUGGUGGUGCCCACCAAUGCCUGGGCCUACUGCAGUGACCCUUACAAGAGGGCACAGCUUAAGGCCAUUCUCUCCCAGAUGAACCCCAGCGUGGGCCUGCGGCUGUGCAAGGCCAACACCAAGGAGGUGGGCGUGCAGGUGAGCCCACCUGUGGACAGGUCUGUGCAGUGCUCGCUGGGCCCUCUCACCCUGUGCAGCUGCUCUUUUUGGGGCUGCAGGGACCCCAAGGCACCCCUACCAGCCUGGGACCUCUAUUCACCAGUAAAGGACCUCCGGGGCUUGAUCCGGCUGCGGAAGAUUGGGAAGGAUGAGAAGAGGGAUGCCCUUUCCAGUCCCGCAGAGGAAAGCCAGCAGCAGCAGAAGUCAUCACCACUGCCAAGGUCACAAGAGGACAAGCAGGAGGAACUGUGGCAGCAGGACAAGUUGCUGGAGGAAGAUGCUUCUAGUCUUGGGCGGAGCAAGUGGGCCCAGGGAGAUGCCCACCCCCUCAGGAAACCCAGCUUCCAGUUUUUGGAGCGAAAAUAUGCCUAUUUUCACUGUAAGGAUUGUAAGACUAGAUGGGAGAGUGCUUAUGUGUGGUGCAUUUCUGGAACUAGUAAGGUUUAUUUCAAACAACUCUGUUGCAAAUGCCAUAAGAGUUUUAACCCUUAUCGGGUAGAAGCAAUCCAGUGUCAGACUUGUUUAAAGUCCCGUUGUUCCUGUCCGCUAAAGAAAAGAAACAUUGACCUAAGGAGGCCUCAUCGACAGGAACUUUGUGGCCGCUGCAAAGACAAGAGAUUCUCCUGUGGCAAUAUUUAUAGCAUUAAAUACAUCAUCUGA